AUGGUGUUGUUCCGAACAAUAAAUAGGUUUGCUAAUCCUAAUGGUGGUCUCGGCUUACCAGUAGGAGGAAGAAGAAGAAGAUUGUUUAUACCACCGUCAACCAACCAACCACUAUUUAGUUAUGGUGGAGGUGAGGACCAAAGGUCAUUCCUAUCAUUAGGGGAGAGUGGUUCCGUUCUUACACAUACUGAGAACGAAAUUAGUGAUACUGCCAGUGUGAGUACAUCGAGAUCAUUACCAUCUACACUAAAGUCUACAAAUGAAGACCAAGAAUCAUUCCAUAGUUGGUUGUUAGAAGAGCACCAAAGAAGGUAUUCCGCCGCGAACUCGGAGGAUGAUGAGAAUGAUGAAGAUGGUUGGAGUAGAGGCAGUGGAAGGUCUCGUAGCCUGUUAAAUUCGUCCUCCCGUAACUCACAUUCAACCGGAAAAUCGUCGUACAAUGAACUAGAAGAUUUUGCGAACUUGCAGACUACAUUUGCUAUUGAGAUGAAGAUGUUAAUACGAUACGCAUUUCCAUUGAUUAUUACCUUCCUUUUAGAGCAUUUUUUCUCGAUAGUCUGUUUACUAGUUGUUGGUCAUAUAGGUAAGAAUGAAUUAGCCGCAGUAUCUUUAGCCACUAUGUCUUCUACUAUUACAUUUGCUAUUUUUGAAGGUAUUGCUACAGCCUUAGAUACAUUAUGUCCUCAGGCAUAUGGUGCUGGUAAUUAUGAAUUAGUGGGUAUUCAUGUUCAAAGAUGUAUAAUGUUCUCAUUGGUGGUGUACAUACCGUGUGGACUCUUGUGGUGGUAUUCAGCAAGCGUCUUGAAGUUUAUUAUUGACAGCGAAGAGGUUUUACGUUUGACAAGUUCAUUCUUAAGAAUUUUAAUACUUGGGGCACCAGCCUAUAUCAUAUUUGAGAAUAGUAAGCGAUUCUUACAAGCUCAAGGAAUUUUUGAAGCAGGAACAGGAAUCUUAGUUAUAAGUCUUCCAAUUAAUGUCCUAUUAUCGACAUUCCUCGUAUGGAAUAAAAACUUUGGCUUAGGGUUUAUCGGUGCACCAAUUGCAACUGUUAUCAACUUUUGGUUUAUUGAUUUUUUACUAAUAAUGUACGUCAUGUUUGUUGACGGUGAUAAAUGCUGGUAUGGAAUCGCACCGAUGAAAGAAAUAUUUCAACAAUGGGGUAGUCUCUCACACUUGGCAAUUCCAGGCAUUGUCAUGAUCGAAUCGGAGUAUAUGGCAUACGAAAUCAUGACAUUAUUUGCAUCCUAUUUCGGUACUACUGAAUUAGCAGCUCAGAGUGCGGUACUGAGUAUCGCAUCUUUAUCUUAUAUGGUCCCAUUUGCUAUAAGCAUUGCUGCUUCUACGCGUAUCGCAAAUUUUAUAGGUGGGCAAAACAUGGCGUCUGCCAAAAUGGCAACUAAAGCUAGUUUAACUUUAUCUGUAAUCGCAGGAAAUAUUAACUUCCUCAUUUUAUUUACUUUCAAAAGACAAAUUGCCAAGUUAUUUACAAAAGAUGAAGGUGUUACUGAAUUAAUUGUUGCCUUAUUUAAUCCAUUGGUCGCUGUACUAGAAAUCUUUGAUGGGAUUGCAUCUGUUGCAAAUGGUGUUUUAAGGGCGCAAGGUCUGCAAAAGAUAGGUGGAAUAAUUAAUUUCUUUGUUUAUUAUGCUUUUGCCAUACCUUUAGCUAUCGUCCUAAGCAGGGUUGCAGAUCUAAAGCUACUUGGUUUGUGGCUUGGUCUUGGUAGCGGGAUGAUUUUAAUUGGUCUAAGCGAGACCUUGGUGAUAUUUAAUAGUGAUUGGGACAAGAUAUUGAUGAAUGCUGGUUUAAUGAAUGAGGCAUAUUUAGAUGUUGAAGAAUCUAUAGAAGACUAA